UCUUACACAGCUGUUUGCCUGUCAAGAAAACGCCAGUGACUGUCGACCGAAUCGACAGACAAAUAUGGUAGAGACGGCCGGGGAGGGACUUGAGGAAGAAAGGAACAACAGUGGAAGAGAAGCAGAAACAGUGCUAGGGCCCUGCUUGUGCAAUUACGUGGACCAAGGGAGCACCGAAAGUCACAGGUACUACCUGUCGCGUAGAACAGCGUUGGAGAUGCUGAAAGACAGAGGCUAUGAAGUCGCUGUCUCCGAAAUCGAUCUAUCUCUUGAAGAAUUCAGGGCCGUUCAUGGUCAAAACCCGGAUGUUGAGCGUCUCCGUUUCUCGGUUCAUCAUCGAUCAGAUCCUUCCAAACGGAUCCUGGUUAUCUUUUGUGGAACUGGUGUCGUUAAGGUUAACACGAUCCGCAGUAUUGCAAGUCAAAUAGUUAACAAAGGGAGUUUGACUGGGCUGAUAUUAAUUGUGCAAAAUCAUAUAACGAGCCAAGCACUGAAAGCUAUUGAUCUUUUCUCAUUUAAGGUCGAGAUAUUCCAGAUAACUGAGUUGCUUGUUAAUAUCACAAAGCAUGUGUUAAAGCCAAAGCAUCGGGUAUUAACUGAUAAAGAGAAAAAAAAUCUUCUGAAGAAGUAUAGUAUAGUAGAAAAACAGCUUCCUCAGCUGUUAAAGAAAGAUGCGAUUGUGCGAUACUAUGGACUUGAAAAAGGUCAGGUAGUGAAGGUAACUUACGAUGGGGAAAUCACCGGGGAGCAUUUCACUUAUCGAUGUGUCUCUUGACAUUUCUGUGCAGUUUUUUCUUUUGAAUUUUUCUUAGGAGAAAGAAACUAUGUUCUGCUAGUUUUUUUGUUUCUCUUGAAUCCUCCCAAUUACUAUGUUCUACUGUUUUGUUUUAUCAUGCUGCCAUGAACCAAAAAUAAAAAAAUAAAAAAAAAUUGAAGCA